GGAAAACAUUGUCAACGUGUGUAUAGUUAUUCCAUAUCAAGGAAGGUUAUUCCACAUCUAGGAAAGAAACGUUUUAGUUUCAGAAUAUAAGAACUUACAUGAUGCGAUGAGCGACACAUACGUAAAGGUGGCACCUGAACUUUGGGAUCAAAUCAGAAGUCAUUGCAGUAAAUAUUGUAUGUAAAGACAUUUAUCGUCUGCUAUAUUCAGUUACCUCCCUUUACUAACGGGACACGGUUUCACAACACAAUGUUAAUAUCUAUUAAGACGUAUCCUUUUACAAGUCAAUGCGGACGUUGAACUAUUCAAAGGUGAGGAAAUAUGUCUGGACAGACAGAAGAACAGACUGAUGAAAUAGAAGCUUUGAAGUCUAUCUAUGGAGACGAUUUUACAGAUAUAACUCAGGACCCUCCAUGUUUUAUGGUCAGACUGACAACAGAAGUGGAACUUUCGGGUCCUGUGUGGCUGCGGAUCACCUUCUCCACCCAAUAUCCAGAUGAAGUCCCAGUGAUAGAAAUACCCAUGAGGUCUGCAGUACUCUCCCCUAGCCAGUGUGAUGGGCUUGCAAGGCACCUCAUGUCAGUUGCAGAAGACAAUGUUGGGAUGGGCAUGGUGUUCACCCUUGUGGAUGAAGCCCAACAGUGGAUCACGGACAAUGUUCAGCCAUCCCCAGAACAGGAGCAGGAUGAGGAGCCCAGUGAGGAAGGUGUCUCCACUACCAGUCCACAGCGCAUCCUGACAGAGGCCAGGGCUGCGGGAGGACGCUGGGACUUUGUUAUUGGCCUGCUGGGGAAGCCGUCUGCUGGAAAGUCCACCUUCUUUAAUGCAGCUACAACCCUAGAUAUGGCUAAAACAGGGGCACACCCAUUCACCACUAUAGAACCCAACAUUGGCAAGGCUUUCUACUCAACCCCCUGUCCUUGUAGAAGACUUGAGAAGAUGUGUGCAGCAGCUCAUGGCCACAAUGUGUGUGGGAAUCGCAAUGUGCCUGUACUGCUGAAGGAUGUGGCGGGCCUGGUGCCUGGAGCAUGGGAGGGUCUGGGAAGGGGAAACAGGUUCCUGAAUGACUUGCUGGAUGCUGAUGUCCUGGUCCACAUCCUGGAUGUUUCAGGGAAGACUGACGAGAAGGGGCGUGAGACGGAGGAGUACGACCCCAGCAGAGACGUGUUGUGGAUACAGCAAGAACUACAUCAGUGGAUCUAUCAGAACAUCAUGGACAAGUGGGAUGCAAUUAAACGUCGACCUCAAAAGCUGGUGGACAUGUUUACCGGCUACCAUGCUACGAAGGCCACAAUACAUGAUGUACUUGAUAGGGCAGGGAUAAGAGACAAGGAGCUGUCCAGAUUGUCGUCCUGGAACGAUGACGUGUUGCAUAGCAUUGUGAUGGAGUUCCUUGCUGUUCGCUUCCCGAUGCUGGUCGUCCUCAACAAGUGUGAUUCCAAUACUGCCAUGGACAACAUACAGAGACUGCAGUCCUCUCAUCCUGGCCUGCCAUGUAUUCCUGUGAGUGCUCGCAGUGAGUGUCAGCUCCAGCACCUACACAAGGCAGGCGUCAUCGUCUACGCUUAUGGCAGCAACUCCUUCACGGUCUGCAGCUUGGACGUCUCAGAGGAGCACAGAGUCACUCUGCAGCACAUCCAGGAGAAUGUGUUAGAUGUCUAUGGCUCAACCAAUGUCCAGCAAGCUCUGUGUAAGGCUGUGAGUCUCAGACAACCAACAUAUGCCUUCCCAGUGCAGUGUCUGGACACACUGCGUUCAAUAGGUAAAGGUCAUGGUGAUGGGGAAGGUGUCAUCCUGAGAGACUGUAUAUCCCUGAAGCCAGGCACAACAGUUGACCAGCUGCACACCAUCAUGCUGCAUUAUCCCAUCAACCUUCUCACUGGAGACUUUGUCCGAGCAGAGACAAUAAACAGUGAGGGAAAGAAAAGGCCAGUGAAGAAGGAUGAGAAGGUCGGGGACAGCAACCAUAUUAUUAAGAUAAUGACUACAAGAAGAAGUGCACUUUCCUGAUAUUUGUAAUAUCUAAUAAUUCUGUAUAUAUUCUAACUAUAUACCAAUCUUUUUAACUCUGACAUACAGUUAUGUCAUCAGUUUGCUGCAGACACACUGUGAUAUAACUGGAAUACUGUCCAAAACGGCAUUAAACUCACUCAACACUGCAGUUUUCCAUGAAUAGUUUUAUUAUAUUUUGAUAGGGAAAUGGAAAACAGAAACCUACAUGUAUAUGGGAAUGAUACCAAGGAUGUUGUGCAGGUUGAUAUAUGUAUACUACAAGCAAUAAGAAGUCGGUGACAAGGUGGCAUUCUACCCUCAGAGAGGUGUCCACCCUCUUUCAGUCCUAUAUGUUGUUGUGUUGUUAUGUUGUUAAAGUAAUUACUGACAGUAUAUAGAUAUGUUUAGAGAAGGAAGGUUUUCAUACAUGGACAAGUCAUGUGAAUAAGUAAAUUCAUGGGUGUUCCAGGAAUUAGAUGUGUUAAGAUAGCAGAUGAUGCAUAUGCAAAUUUAUAAAUAUUUUUAAUAACUUGAUCUAACAUGCAAUAGAUUUUAUACUGUUUGUUGCAAUGUGAAGAAUCUGUGAUAUCAAACAUCUAACGGAUAUGUUGACUUUGUUUCUGAGGAAAGGGUAAAGAAAUUGUACAAUGUAAUAAAAAUAUUACAAAAAUGUU